UCCAGAAGUGAGCUGCAGGUUCUGCCCUUGCCUGCUUUCCUGAGUGGAAGGCUGCCCUCAUCCCUUGUCCUGAUGGAUCAGGACAAGCAUUGCCCAGGCCUGCAAGCUUGCCAAGCACUAGGAAACCAAGCAAGAACUCAUCAUGCCAAUAAAACCUGUUGGGUGGAUAUGCGGGCAGGUGUUGAAGAACUUUUCGGGAAGAAUUGAGGGGAUCCAGAAGGCAAUCGUGGACUUUAUAGAUGAAUUUAAAGAUGAAUUCCCCACCAUCCUAAGAUUAUCACAGUCUAAUCAGAAAAGAGAACCCAUGCAAAAAACAUCCAAAAUCAGAAUGGCUGUCGCUUUAGCCAAGAUCAACCGAGGAACAUUCCUUCAAGGAUUAAACAGCAUCUCCAGAUCCUCCAAAUCAGUGGCCAGACUUCUGCAGCCUCAGCUUGCUUGCAGACUUUUAGAGUUAAGGGACAUAUCUCAUCGCCUGCUGAGGGAAGUUAAUGCCCCAAAGCAACCCCUCUAUAACACGCAGGUCAGAAAGGGUUCUUUGUUUGAAAUCAUUUCCUUUCCAGCGAAGACUGCUUUAACUAGCCUAAUAUAUGCUUCAUAUGCAGUACUAAUUUAUUUGGCAGUCUGUGUUAAUGCUGUGCUGGAGAAGGUAAAGAAAAUUUUCCAAGAAGAAGAAUCCAUAAGGCAAAACAGAGAGGAGAGUGAAAAUCUUAGAAAUGCCUUUUCUGAACCUGUGCUUUCUGAGCCUGUGUUUCCUGAAGGUGAAAUCAAAGCAAAACCUUACAGGUCUUUACCGGAGAAGCCAGACAAUAUUUCAGAUCGCCCCAAACUCCCUGCUAAUAAGUUGAGUAAUAAGAUCCAGGUUUUACAUUCUGUGUUUGACCAAUCAACUGAAAUGAAUCAGUAAGCAAAUGUGAACAUAAAUAUCACUGAACAGAGCUUAAGAGUUAUCUAUCCAAUGACCGUUCAUCUGACAAAAUUAGGAAACUAAUUUUCAUACACUGACUGUUCUGCUUUAAAAAAAAGAGGGGGGGGGAUACUAAACGUCAUUCUCUAGUAUUUAUAUGGUAGAGAAAAUAAAACGAAUCUUGAUGUAUGACUAUA